UUCCACAGCAUUAUUUUGAGCUCUGGCGCCUCCUCUCAUUUGCGCCUUAAAGUAGUUUGCCGCCAAGCAGGGAGGACAAGUAGCUGUGAGAUGAUGUGCGGGGAGCCUAGGAGGGGCAUCUGUUCCAGCCUUGGGGAGGUCUUCCUGGAGGAGGUGGUCUUCCUGAAGGGCAGAGGCAGCACAGAGCCACGGCCACCUGCUAUUUCAGCCUGGCUGCCAGCACGGACCCACCUGGCCCCAGCACAAUUGCAGCCCAUGCUGUGCUUUGUCGUCCUGCAAGUUCCCCGGGGCCUUCUCCAGGCCUGCAAGGGCCUGCCUGUGAGCACACAGCCUGCGAGGGGGGGGAGGCGUCAGCACCCCCCCGAGAAGCACCCCCGAGACGCGGGUCUGGGGGCUGGGAGCGGUGAACGCGUGCUCGGACCUUUCAUCCUGCGGGUGGACGCUCUGGGAGUGCUCUCGAGGCAUCCUCGUGUCGGCUUGUCACCUCCCAGCUCGCUCUCCUGCCUCCUCACGCCUCUUGCUACCAUCAUUCUGCCCAAACAGCAAUUUGCCCUCAAGCCUGUGUCUCGGGUUCCUCGGGGAACGCAGGCUAAGAACCAGGGCGAGUACAGGCUCUACGGGGAUGCUGGUAGAGGCAGACAUCUCUUGGAGCAAACCCUGGUGCCUCCGACACCACCCCAACUGUUUCACAUUCUCGCGGCCAUUAUGACACCUGUCCCAAACUUCCAGCGUUUGCCCAUGGGUCCCCAGGAGAGUGUCCAACCCCCUUCUUUCUUCCUUGGAGACCCUCUGCGAUCACCUGGCGUGGAUUAGGGAACCCCAAGGAACAGACGAUGCCAGCGCUGGCCCUGAGUCCCCCAUGGGAAGCAUUUCUGUGGCUGCCAGUCCAUUUCCCAACUGCAGGCACCAGGGAGUCUCUGAGGAGGGUCUGUCUGGACGUCAGAGCUUGCUGGGCCUGUGGGCGGGAGCAGCUGGCUAAUGGCUGACAGCAACGGGGGCAUAAAUGCCCCGGCUCCCUUGCCGUGCGGGUGCGUCACCCUGAGGGUGUUCUACGUGGGCUCCUGGGCUUCCAGGCAGGAGUAAGCCCCGACCCGCCACAAUGCGUGACUUCCCCAGUCCCACUUCCGCACUGCCCUACUGGCAUUUCCCAGGAUUCCCUCAGAAUAAACGACUCGAUCUCAGGAUUUUCUUCUGCGAAAAGCCAAGCAACUGGAGUGCCCAUGCUGAGCAGCUGCCACGUACUGUAUGGGUGGUACUCGGUGACAUCCUCCGGGACCCAGGCCCGCCUCUCUAGGUGCUCUGCGGUCCUCCCGUGCCAAACAAGAUGGCUGCCGCCAUGACGUCUCACAAGCCCGUCCACAGACUUCUUUUCAGGUCCCAUUGGCCAGCACAGGGUCACAUGACGUUUCCUGACCAAUCCCUGGCACAGGGGACGGCUUUGCCAAGAUGGCGUAGACAAAUGAUAAAAUUAACACAGAAAGCCCGCCACUUCUAUGAAAAUGCAGAAAAAGAAGGAGAAAGAAGAAGAGGCAGCAAGAAGAAGAAGAAAAGAAGAAAAGAACAAAAAGAAGCAAAAUUCGUAAUGCCCAAAGAACAAUUUUAUAAGCUCAGAUCUUCGUAUAUGGUUAUGUUAUAAAUAUUAAAAUAUGGAAUAG